AUGGAGGCGGCAGGCACCGAGCGCCCCGCAGGCUGGCCCGGGGCGCCCCUCGCCCGGACCGGGCUGCUACUCUUGUCUACGUGGGUCCUGGCCGGCGCCGAGAUCACUUGGGGCACGACGGGAGGUCCCGGGCGUCUGGUGUCUCCGGCUUCGCGGCCACCAGCUUUGCCUCCUCUCUUGCCACGGGCAGCGAUGAACCGGUGGCCUGAGGAGCUGGCGACUGCACGGAGAACCACAGCGCUGAGACGCGGGUCCAGGCUAGAGCUACUGCCCCGGGCGAACAGCGGGGCGAUACCGGCUGAAGCUGAGGGAAUGUCGCCUGAAGACGUGAGGUGGGUCCGGGGCAUCCAGGCUCCUAGCACGGCGGGCAGCUCGAGGAGGACUCGCCGGGCACAGCCCCCCAGUACCCUGGAGCUCGGGGACUCUUGGGCUACUGCUCCCGCAGAUGGUGCCAAAGGAAGCCGCCCUCAAACCAAGGGUUCCCGGGAAGAGGUGAAGGCGACACGGACUGGAGGACCGGCGGCUGAGGAGCUCAGGUUGCCCAGCACGUCUUUUGCGCUGACUGGGGACUCGGCCCACAAUCAAGCCAUGGUGCACUGGUCGGGACACAACAGCAGCGUUAUACUGAUCCUGACGAAGCUCUAUGACUUCAACCUGGGGAGUGUGACUGAGAGUUCCCUGUGGAGGUCGACGGACUAUGGCACAACCUAUGAAAAACUAAAUGACAAAGUGGGUUUGAAGACUGUCCUCAGUUACCUCUAUGUCAACCCCACCAACAAAAGGAAGAUCAUGCUUCUCAGCGAUCCCGAAAUGGAGAGCAGUAUCUUGAUCAGCUCGGACGAAGGGGCAACUUACCAGAAAUACCGGCUCACAUUCUACAUCCAGAGCCUGCUCUUCCAUCCCAAGCAGGAGGACUGGGUGCUGGCCUACAGCUUGGACCAGAAGCUUUAUAGCUCGAUGGACUUUGGAAGACGAUGGCAACUCGUGCACGAGCGCAUCACACCCAACAGGUUUUACUGGUCGGUGUCCGGACUGGAUAAAGAGGCAGACCUGGUGCACAUGGAAGUGAGAACCGCAGAAGGAUAUGCCCACUACCUCACCUGCAGGAUCCAGGAAUGUGCUGAGACAACUCGAAGUGGCCCCUUUGCUCGCUCCAUCGACAUUAGUUCCCUGGUCGUCCAAGAUGAAUAUAUCUUCAUCCAGGUAACAAUAGGUGGAAGAGCCAGCUACUACGUGUCCUAUCGAAGAGAAGCCUUUGCCCAGAUAAAGCUGCCCAAGUACUCCUUGCCAAAGGACAUGCACAUCAUCAGCACAGAUGAGAACCAAGUGUUUGCAGCCGUCCAGGAGUGGAACCAGAAUGACACGUACAACCUCUACAUCUCGGACACACGCGGGAUCUACUUCACCCUGGCGAUGGAGAACAUUAAGAGCAGCCGAGGUCUAAUGGGAAACAUCAUUAUUGAAUUGUAUGAGGUAGCAGGUAUCAAGGGCAUAUUCCUGGCAAACAAGAAGGUGGAUGACCAGGUGAAGACGUACAUCACUUACAACAAAGGCAGGGACUGGCGACUACUCCAAGCUCCAGAUGUGGACCUGAGAGGAAGCCCAGUGCACUGCUUACUGCCCUUCUGUUCCUUACACCUUCAUCUGCAGCUCUCUGAAAACCCAUAUUCCUCUGGAAGAAUCUCUAGCAAGGACACAGCCCCCGGACUUGUGGUGGCCACAGGCAACAUUGGCUCAGAACUCUCCUAUACAGACAUUGGUGUGUUCAUCUCCUCUGAUGGGGGCAACACAUGGAGACAGAUUUUUGAUGAAGAGUACAAUGUCUGGUUCCUAGACUGGGGUGGCGCCCUCGUGGCCAUGAAACACACACCUCUGCCAGUCAGGCACUUGUGGGUGAGUUUUGAUGAGGGCCACUCCUGGAGCAGAUACGGUUUCACGUUGCUACCUCUCUUUGUGGAUGGGGCAUUGGUGGAGGCAGGAGUUGAGACCCACAUCAUGACAGUUUUUGGCCACUUCAGCCUGCGCUCCGAAUGGCAGUUGGUGAAAGUGGACUACAAGUCUAUCUUCAGCCGGCGCUGUACCAAGGAGGACUUUGAGACUUGGCACCUACUCAAUCAGGGAGAGCCUUGUGUCAUGGGGGAAAGGAAAAUUUUCAAGAAACGCAAGCCAGGUGCUCAGUGUGCCCUCGGCAGAGACUACUCUGGGUCAGUGGUAUCAGAACCCUGUGUCUGUGCGGACUGGGACUUCGAAUGUGACUACGGCUAUGAGAGACAUGGGGAGAGCCAGUGUGUCCCAGCUUUCUGGUACAACCCAGCUUCCCCCUCAAAGGACUGCAGCCUUGGUCAAAGCUACCUUAAUAGCACUGGGUACCGGAGGAUUGUGUCCAACAACUGCACAGAUGGGUUAAGGGAUAAGUACUCUGCAAAGACUCAACUGUGUCCGGGAAAAGCUCCUCGGGGUCUCCACGUGGUAACCACCGAUGGGCGCCUGGUGGCAGAGCAGGGCCAUAAUGCCACCUUCAUCAUUCUGCUGGAAGAGGGUGACCUCCAAAGGACCAACAUCCAGCUUGACUUUGGGGAUGGAAUUGCUGUGUCCUAUGCCAACUUCAGCCCCAUUGAGGAUGGCAUCAAACAUGUGUAUAAGAGUGCGGGCAUCUUCCAGGUGACAGCAUAUGCAGAGAACAACCUUGGUUCUGAUACAGCCGUCCUCUUCCUACAUGUGGUUUGUCCAGUGGAACAUGUUCACCUUCGAGUUCCAUUUGUCGCCAUAAGAAACAAGGAUGUGAAUAUCAGUGCAGUUGUGUGGCCCAGUCAAAUGGGGACCCUUACCUACUUCUGGUGGUUUGGCAAUAGCACAAAGCCCCUCAUCACCUUGGACAGCAGCAUCUCUUUCACAUUCCUUGCAGAGGGAACCAACACCAUCACUGUGCAGGUAGCUGCUGGGAAUGCUCUCAUCCAAGACACCAAGGAAAUUGCAGUGCAUGAGUACUUCCAGUCACAGCUCUUAUCAUUCUCCCCAAACCUGGAUUACCACAAUCCCGAUAUUCCUGAGUGGAGGCAAGACAUUGGCAAUGUUAUCAAGAGAGCUCUGGUUAAGGUAACCAGCGUCCCAGAAGACCAGAUUCUCGUGGCCGUGUUCCCAGGUCUCCCCACUUCAGCAGAGCUUUUCAUCCUCCCACCCAAGAACUUGACAGAGAGGAGGAAAGGCCACGAAGGGGAUCUAGAGCAAAUUGUAGAGACCGUGUUUAAUGCGCUAAACCAAAACCUGGUACAGUUUGAGCUGAAGCCAGGGGUCCAGGUCAUUGUAUAUGUCACACAGCUGACCUUAGCUCCACUGGUAGACUCCAGCGCUGGGCACAGCAGCUCCGCCAUGCUUAUGCUGUUGUCAGUGGUAUUUGUCGGCUUGGCUGUGUUUUUGAUCUACAAGUUUAAAAGGAAAAUCCCCUGGAUAAACAUCUAUGCCCAAGUCCAACAUGACAAGGAGCAGGAGAUGAUCGGAUCAGUGAGCCAAAGUGAAAAUGCCCCCAAAAUCACACUCAGUGAUUUCACUGAGCCCGAAGAACUGCUGGACAAAGAGCUGGAUACACGGGUCAUAGGAGGCAUUGCCACCAUUGCAAACAGUGAGAGCACAAAGGAGAUCCCUAACUGUACUAGUGUUUAA